AUGCCUAGCCUCUUCUCUCGCUUGAAGGGCAAGGACGGUCCGACGAAAAAGAAGAAGGGCGCGAAUCUCGAUGCUGCUGAUCAGCUACCCGCGAAGCCACGAUGGGAUGACGCUUACACGAGAAAGACAGUCGAGGCGGAGGAAAUUCAAGACCUGAUACGACGUUGCACAGAGGAGCUCAAAGCACGAGCGCUGGAUCACCCCUUCCUCCUACUGCCAUUCCGUCCUACCUCGGACCCUAGUGCUGUCCGUACUUUCAUCCGCCAUUUCUUCGAUGGCAGCCAACCUCUUCGAGGCGAGUUCUUGUCACAAGAACUGCGCAUGACUGAGCCUAUGUCGAAGGUUAUUGCAGGCGUAGUAAAGUGGUGCUGGAGCCGACUCCAGGGUGGUGUUGUCGGCUGGGAUGCGUACGAGUUGUUCAAGGUUGGCGAGCAAGACUCAAAUAUGGCGAGAGACUCCUUCAAGACGUUCAUCCCCCUCAGUGUCGACAAUGGUGCUCGGUCGAGCAUUAUCUUUGAUUUCUUCGAUCUCCUAUCGGCAAUCGCUGCUCACGGUAAAAUGAACGGCCUGGGCGGACGUAAGCUCUCUCGCACAGCUGCAUGGUGGGCGUUCGAGCAAAAGGACACGGGCAGUGGCUUCGAGGGUGGUUAUAAAUCCUGGGCUAGCGCCGCCGAUGCGACGAGCCAUUUGUUCUUCGCAUACCUUCGAUCUCUGGCGCCCCAGAAACCGUCGCAGGGCAGCAUUUCUAUGCUUCCAAUGUCCCUUCAGAAGCUUCUGCAAGAAACCGAGUACCCCCCUCAAAAGCCAUCUCUGAUGCAAUCAUCUACCUAUAAGGUGGUUAUGAUUGUCGACACAGUCUCACCGACUCCCUUCGCACUAUUGAGGCGGGCGAAUCAUUUCCAGUAUCGCGAAGAGGAUCGUGCUUUGCGAGAAUUUUCCGAGUACGAGGAUCCAGUGAAGGCGUUGACCGAAGAGUGCCGCCGUGUCUUGAAGGCGAUUUCUUCCGCCAACCAGUCGCAAGUCUCUAGCUCAAAGCACUCAACCAGCUUGAGGGAUGCCUCUUGGUCACGGUUUGAAGACAUCGGUUUCACCAGUGCUCUUGAGGAUGAUGAGGACGAUGAUGAAGCCGCCGCAGCCGCUCGUAAGCCGCAAGGUCUUAGAACCACGCCGGCGUCUGGUGGCGUUGGUCUCGGAAGGCCGACUACGCCAUCUUGGGCUGAUUUCUUGUCGUCUGGUUUUGUCGAUGACAGUCCUCACAGCCCAAAUAUGUUGCUGCCUCCUGACAAGGUUCUUCCACCGAUUGAAACAACUGUCCGCCAACGAAGCUCGCAAUCGCACAACCCAAGGUUAGAGUCGGAUCGUUUGGAACCUGGCGAGUUGGCAAGCAUUGCUCGUUUCGACCUGGAUGAGGCCUUCUGGUGGGUCUGGAUGAGCAGUCUUGCUCCUGAGGAAACGCCAGAAAGAAAGUCUGCCUUUGGUCGCUGUGCUGUGAUCGAAACGUCUAUUAGAAGUGGACGAUGGCUUGUCAUGGAGGAGAUGGUGGCGGGAGCUGCUCCUGAGCCUCAGGAAGGCGCCUACAUCGCCGAGAAAAAGGGCUUUUUCAGUUGGACACGACGAAACAAGGGUGUCAACCGUCGCAAAUCGACUGGCAAGCAUGCUUUAGAAAAGGACAAGAAGAAGGAGGACCCGAACACUAGCAAAUCAAGUAUUGGUCCAGACCAGCAAGCUCGGAUCCAGGCCGCUGCCGCACAACUUCAAGCUCGCCAGUAUCAGGAGCAGCAGCUGAAGCAACAACAACUGCUGCAGGCACGCAGGGGACGUAAUGACGCGUCGGCAAUGGAGAAGACAAACAGUGUUUUAACUCUGCAGCCCGACAUCAUGCGUCAGGCGUCUCCGGCAAUGAAGUGGGCCAACAAAUACGACAAGGAAGCUAUUCGGGAAGCCUAUCUGGCAAACAACACCACCGGACGCGGCAUUGGGGUCUCCACCAUGCAAAGAAAUGGAAGUAAUGGUAACGACGAGUAUACAAACGGCCACACUAAUGGUGAUGAGCUUCGCCCUGAAGUCCCUGCCAAAUCACCGUCUAUACAAUCCCAACUCUCGCCGUUGAAUCGAAACUCUCCGGGAGUCUUCCGGUCGCCAUCUCCUCUAUCACCCCGACAGAACGAUACACCCCUUACCCCUUCGGAGAGGGGUACAGAAACCCCGAAUGAACUCCAACCCGCAGAAAGAUUUGAGUCGGGUGGUCGCAAUUCGCCGUUGCCGCCGCCGAAAGACUCGUACGAACAGACUCGCGAAAACAUGUUCUCGCCGGAGCCGGAUGCCAACCCUACGGACAAGAAGCAGAAGAAGCUGCACAAAGAGAAGACCGGCGGUGGUGGCCUCCGAAAGCUGUUUGGUCGUAACAAGAACCGGAACUCAAAACUUCCUGAGAACGCCGCUGCAGAUGUGAACGGUAUGCUUCAGCGCGAUACAGCAACUCCUGAGCCGCCAAAGCCUUCUCCGUCUCCCGUUCCCCAGCCCACUGUCAUUGAGUCUAACCUCCCUACACCAACGCCCGCGGAGGCUUACACCACGCCAAUGGAGGCGCCUCAGCCAUUCCCUGUUGAGACCCAAGCUCACGAGCCGCAGUACGCGCCGUCGGUUGAUGAAUCGCUCUCUCGCGUCGAUACCGAGGAUGCCAACGAGGCUAACCACGAAUUUUCCCGGUUCGAUCAGGGUCCUUUGCAGGAUCAACCCGCGUUCGUCCCCGACGAUUCCUCUGAGGACGCAAUCCCUCCUCCCAUUGCGAGACACGCGAAGACGCCCGAACCGCCCGCGCAAGCCUCGCCCGUAUCCCCGGACGACGGUCCCCGAAGCCCUCUUGCCCAGGAUCGGUGGGCUCAGAUCCGCAAGAACGCUGCUGAGCGUGCGGCCCAGAGACAGAGCGAGGAGCAGAGCCGUGGUGGAUACAGCAAGACCACUGAUGGCGAUGACGACACGAGCGGAGAGGAGACAAUCGAAUCUCGUGUAGCUCGUAUCAAGGCGCGUGUUGCCGAGCUUACGGGCAACAUGGAGAAUUCCACCGCCCCUGGUGUUCGAACUCCUCCCCCUAUCCGCCGCUAA